CUUACAAACUUCCUUCUUCUACUCGCUCUUGUCUUUCUCACACCCUAUCCUAAUCUCUUCUUUUGAUUAAUAUUGACAAAAAAAUAAAACUUUAAAACCAGAGCUUUCCUCUGUCUUCAGUUUCCUUCGUCUUGAUUUCAGCUCUCUUAGCUUCAGGAUUUUAAUGACCCAGGGGACCAACUUCCUGACUUCUCUCUUCCCCACUGUCCACUGACUUGUAGGCUCUCUCUCUCCCCCCCUCCCAAAAACAGAAAAUAUUUUUCUCUCUUUCUUGGUCUCUCUAUAAUGCUAAAGGUCAUCUUGCUUCUCUGAUUCCUUCCCUUGUUUCACAACAGUAUACUUUCACAGUGGUCGUUUACACAAUUUUAAAAAAGGAAAAAAAAAACAAGAUGAGGUAGUUUGGAGUUGAUUAAUUUCUCCUUUUUUGUUUUCCAAGUGCGUCACAUACUAAUGAGAAAUAUCAUACCACUCAACAUGUAGUUAGCUCGGGAAGAACUGUUUAACCUUUUCAAAAUCAAGCGUGUUCUGGAUCUACAUUGGCCUUUAAGAAGGGUGGCUUGAAGGGGUUGAUGAUUGUGAAAAAGGGCUAACAAUAACAACACUGAACCAUGAAGAACUUUCACAGCUUCAAACAGAUUCCAACCCCCAAAAGGUCCGGAAGGAGGCUGUCGCUUGGGGAAUACAGGCGAGCUGUGUCAUGGUCCAAGUACUUGGUCUCUUCAGGGGCUGCCAUAAAAGGAGAAGGAGAAGAGGAAUGGAGUGCCGAUCUGUCUCAGUUAUUCAUUGGAUCCAAAUUUGCUUCUGGAAGGCAUAGUAAGCUCUACAGAGGCAUUUACAAGCAAAAAGAUGUGGCCAUCAAGCUCAUAAGCCAACCUGAGGAGGAUGCCGACUUGGCUGCUUUGCUUGAAAAGCAAUUCACUUCUGAAGUUGCUUUGCUCUUUCGUCUGCACCAUCCAAACAUCAUCACUUUUUUUGCUGCUUGCAAGAAGCCUCCUGUGUUUUGUAUAAUUACUGAAUAUAUGGCUGGAGGAUCACUGAGAAGUUACCUGCAUCAGCAACAACCAAAUUCAGUUCCACUUAAUCUGUUUCUGAAAUUAGCCCUAGACAUUGCAAGAGGGAUGCAGUAUCUUCAUUCUGAAGGGGUGCUUCAUAGGGAUCUUAAAUCAGAGAACCUAUUGCUUGGGGAAGAUAUGUGUGUAAAAGUAGCAGAUUUUGGAAUCUCAUGCUUAGAAUCACAGAUUGGUAGUGCAAAAGGAUUCACAGGAACUUACCGUUGGAUGGCGCCUGAAAUGAUCAAAGAAAAGCAUCAUACCAAGAAAGUAGAUGUCUAUAGCUUUGCCAUAGUCCUAUGGGAGCUCUUAACUGGACUGACUCCGUUUCACAACAUGACCCCAGAACAGGCAGCAUUUGCUGUCUCACACAAGAAUGCAAGGCCGCCAUUACCUGCUGAUUGUCCAAAGGCAUUUAGUCAUCUCAUAAACAGAUGUUGGUCAGGAAAUCCAGAUAAAAGGCCACAUUUUGAUGAGAUUGUUUCUAUUUUGGAGAUGUAUAGUGAAUCCCUUGAAGAAGAUCCUGAGUUCUUUUCAACUUACAACCCACCGUCUUCUAAAUCUGUUGUCAUGAGAUGCUUACCAAAUUGUAUUAGUAGCCAUAGAUCAUCUUCUUGAAAGGCUUAUUAUUAGGAUGCUUUUCAGUUUGUGACGUGCUAAUUACCAAUCCUAUGAACAUCAUGUAUGUUCAACUCCGAUAUUACAAUAGUCUUGUUCUUGGUUUAUUUUAAUGAUGUUUUUAUGCUUUUCUAAGAAAAGCUACUGAUGGA